CAAGCACAGAUGAAGAAGCAAACCUCCCUGUGACAUUCAGUGUUCUCAUGUCGGUGUCAUCUGUAUACCAUUAAAUAUCUCAAAAUGAACAUUAUGCUGUCCUCCUUUUCUCGACUGCGCGGUCUGACUCACCUGCGUAGUAUCCCUACAGGAGACAUUGCAGUAACUGGCACCUCUUACCUUAGAUUAUUCAGUAGCUGGAUUGGUCUUGGAGCAGAUGCUAGACCUCAGGUUUUCAGAUGUGUUGGUCCAAUUUCUUCGCAAGCUGAGGGUUCAGGAGUGUUUCAGCAGGUUCCCUGGCAGUACCAGCAGGUACGGACCCGGAAAAGAGGCACAGAGUAUCAGCCCAAGAACAUCAAACGAAAACGAACCCACGGCUGGAUCAAGAGGAUCAGCUCACAAGGAGGCAUUGAAGUGAUUCUACGGCGGAUGUUGAAAGGACGUAAAUCGCUCUCACACUGAAGGUUCCUGUUGCAAGAUUUGACUUUAAAGAAACAGACCUUGGUUCUUAUAUGCUGGAGGUGCUCAGUAUGCAGCAAAGAACUUGUGUAUUGGGUUAACCGGUGUGAUAUUGGAUGUGGUUUGGGUCUGACAGUUCCAAAGUAUCACUCUUAAGAGGAGAGUGGAAAAGUGCCCAGCAGUUUGAGCCACCCACUCUGGUCAUGCCUGUGGUUUUGGUCAGACUCAUGACAUGUUAGCAUCUGUUUUUUUUUUUUUUUUUUGAG